AUGUUUUCUCUCACGUUCUUCGUUGUGAUAAUCUUCGGGGUAUAUGCGUACGAUCAAUCAGCACUGUAUGGUCAAUAUACCUACAAAAAUCCCGUACUAUGGGAAGAUCUCGCAGAUUUGGACAUAUUUCGUGUAAAUGAUACAUUUUACUAUUCUGCAUCUACGAUGCAUUACUCGCCGGGAGCACCUAUUCUUCGAUCUUACGAUUUGGUUAAUUGGGAAUAUAUUGGACAUUCGGUCCCUUCUCUCAGUUGGUCUUCGAAGUAUGAUCUUACCAAUAGUCAGCGAGCGUACGUGAAAGGAAUAUGGGCCUCCACAAUGAGGUAUCGCGCAACUGAUAAGAAAUGGUAUUGGAUUGGUUGCAUCGAAUUUGGCAGCACCUACGUCUACACAGCACCAACCGUGGCAGGACCAUGGAUUUUGAAGGCAACACUUAGCACGUGCUUCUACGACGCCGGCUUACUCAUCGAUGACGACGGUACAAUGUAUGUCGCUUAUGGAAAUACGCAGCUCUAUGUUGCACAAUUGAACUCAGACGCCACAAGUAUCGUCAAGACACAGCAGAUUUACGAUUCGACAAGCACAAGGGGAGCCCUCGAGGGCAGUCGUAUGUACAAGCGAAAUGGCCAGUAUUACAUUCUGACCACUCAUCCUGCGAGCCAGGAAUGGGUUCUCAAAGCAUCAAGUCCAUUUGGCUCUUAUUCCAUCAAAGUACUGGCGGAUGCAGUGUCUCCACCAGUGCCCGGCGGUGGGAACCCUCAUCAAGGUGGUCUAAUCGAUACUCCCAGGGGAGAUUGGUAUUAUAUGGCGUUUGAAGACGCAUAUCCUGGCGGACGAAUUCCAGUAUUAGCACCUGUGACCUGGGGUGCGGAUGGCUAUCCAACAUUGACUACUUCCAAUGGAGACUGGGGGGCGACGUAUCCCAUGCCAGUGGCCUCACAUGCAGUUCCGUCUCCUCUUGGAACUGACAGCUUCUCCGGUACUUCUCUCGGACAUGCCUGGGAGUGGAAUCACAACCCGGAUACUUCUCGAUUUGCUGUCAACGACGGUCUUACACUCCGCACGGCCACGGUGACCUAUGACUUGUACCAAGCCCGCAACACCUUGACUCAUCGUAUUCACGGACCAAUAUCCACGGCAACAAUCAAGAUUGACACGAGCAGCAUGGCAGCGGGUGACCGGGCUGGGCUUGCUCUCUUCCGCGAUCAGUCAGGUUGGAUUGGUGUGAAGAAUGACGGUGGGACUUUCACAGUUGGCAUGACGAAUAACAUCUUGAUGGACUCAGACUGGGCGACAAGCAAUACUGGCACAACAGUCGCAAGCGUUGGUAUCUCGAAGGGAACCAUUUACUUGCGCGGUACGGUUAACAUCAAUCCUGGGUCUGGCCGUACGGGCUCGUUUAGCUACAGCCACGACGGGACGAACUUUAGUAGCCUUGGUCCGUCUUUAACGCUGAACAGUGCAUGGCAAUACUUCAUGGGCUACCGUUGGGGGAUCUUCAAUUAUGCCACAUCGGCUCUUGGCGGAUCUAUCGAAGUUUUAUCCUUCUCACAGACAGUCUCCUCCUAG